AUGCAACGCCCGUGGACUCCCGACGCGUGGACUCCGACUAUAUAUCGCACUAAUCCUGCCCAAACCCCGCCGCCCCAUCCCCAGCUUGUCGCCGACCACAUUCGCCAUGUCCAGUCCCUGACACAGAACCUGUCCACUUCGCCCUAUGACCCUGAUAUUUGGUGCGCCCGCGCCGGCCGUCUUCUUUCCCUGGGCCAUCCCGAACUGGCUGUUGGAGAUGCCUAUAGAGCUUUGCUCCUCUGCGACUACUCCAAUGGACACAUACCUGACUUUUUGAGCCUGUCUUCACCAACCGGACCCAUCUCCAGCCAAUCUCCCACUGAACCAGCCAGCCAGCACUUUCCCAGCCAGCGCUUGCUCAGUGCAUCAUCCUAUCGCACUCUCGUUCAGGGCCUCUACGACUGUCAUUGCCACCCCGAGGCCUUGGAAACCUGCCAGGUGGCCCAAGCAAAAUUCCCUGCCGAUCCGUUCUUUCAAGUGAAGACUGCUGAACUUUCCGCCGUCAUGGAAAAGAAAUCCGACCACAUAGCAAUGGGCCCUGAAUCUGCAGCCAGGCAAAGGGACAAGCUUCACGAUGGAGCAGUGCUGACUAUACCCUACCCCUGGAUGGAACCCCUUCCGCUCCAGAGGUCACAGGCUCUGAUUGACAGUGUCAACAAGGAGUUUCAACGGUGUACCAGCAGCUGCCGCUUGGAUUACAGCUCACUUGGAGAAGCUCCAAUUCCGAAGUGGGCCGGCCGUGCUCCUCAAGUUCUGGGUGUCUUCGCAGCCCACGAGAUUGACCCAGGAGAAUGCAUACUGGUUGACCGAACAGCUACCGCAGCCUGUAGCUCUGUCUCUGCCUGUACUAAUUGCUUCAGCAACACUGCCGAUCCGCGGUAUGAUGCGUCCUGCUGCUCCGCCCAUUUCUGCUCAGAAGAUUGCUACCAGACUGCGCUAUCAACAUACCAUAAGGUAAUAUGUGGCAAGGAUUUCACCUGGCUCCAAAAUACCGUUACAGGCAUCUCAGAGAGCGCUGCUGCUAUGAGGCCCGUCCUACUGUGCCGAUAUCUCGCUUCUUGCGUACAGGCUGGCACAACGUUAAACCCUCUUGCCCAUCCGCUCAUUGCACGGUUGCAGCCACAACUUAGCGGUCGGCACCUGGACGUUUUCACCCUAACCGAAACAGUGGUUCGUCCCAUUCAGAUCCUCCUGCAGCUGGAGGUGGACGUGUUCGCCAAUCCAAAUUUCGAUACUUGGAUCAUUCACACCAUCUGGACCCGUCUUGCCAACAACAAGCAGGGAUUUUCGAGAGGGCCGGAGAACGGAGGAGGCUGGAUUGAUUCAAUUUCACCCCUGAUGCCCUUCUUCAAUCACAGCUGCGAUCCGAAUGUCGAAUGCUGGCAUGAAGACACAACAACCAUGAGCUUCUUCGCCAGACGACACAUCGAAGAAGGUGAGGAGCUUUUCGAUAGCUAUGUCAGCGUUGAAGAAGUCCCUCUUGAGGAAAGGCAACAGAUUCUCUGGCCCUGGUUCGAGGGACCCUGCCUAUGCUCCAAAUGCUUGAGAGAGUAUCGACACGCCGAAAACGACACAACCCUGAAUACCGGUUCUUCUGGCCUAUUUGGUUCGGCCGAAAAUCGUCCAUUCGGUCAUAUCCAGCAGUCUACUCCUCACGCAGCUGAAAACAUCAAGCUUUGUUCGUCACUCCAUCGGAGCCCUACCGCCAACAUGUUGUCUCUCACGCGUACCACCACCACGCGAGCUGCGCGCCAGCUACCGUUUCCCCGCACUCUACCCGCACUUCGUCCUCCAGCCACCGCCGCCGCCGCCGCCAUCCGCAAAGCGUCCACGACGACCCCGAUCAAGCCCGAGCAGACGAAAGACCUGUUCACCCGCUUCGCAAAGCUGGACCCGGAGCUGUAUGGAAUCCUGACCGUGACCCUCGGCGCCGUGAGCGCGUUCGCCUACUAUUUCGCCGGCAACCCGACCGGCUCGAGCGACGCCCGCAGCGUGCCCGCCGUGCCCGGUUCGGAGCCUUGGCGCGAGGCCGGCGCGUCUGGCAAGUACAUGUAUUACCCUGGCGGCGAUGUGCACAGGACGCCCAAAGAGGCCCCGUCGGCGCUGAAUGCUGCCGUCAUCCCGGGUGUCAAUCUGCCGAAGGAGCUCCAUGAGAAGUAUAACAAGUACGGGAAGGAUGGGUAUGAUUUCUAA